AUGUCAACGCACCACACCGUAGAUCCCAACACCAGCGCCACCACGCCGUCUUGCCGGCAAGGGGCCGCACCACCACCUUGGUUCCCCACCUUGGCUGACGUUUCACCGACGGGUGCCAAGCGGAGGGCGGUCCUCCUGGUCGCGGUCGCGGCGGCGGCCACCAUUGGCCUCGCCGGCGCCAGUUUCCGGGACAACUGCGACAUCAAGUGGAACGCCGAGAACGCGGCCUUCUCCGACGACGGCCACGGCCUCACCAUGUCCCUGAAGAGCAACACCUCCGGCUGCUUGCUGCAGACGAAGCAGCAGUUCAUCUACGGCAGCGUCUCCACCCGCAUCAAGCUCGUCCCGGGGAACUCCGCCGGCACCGUCACCACAUACUACACAUCGUCGGUGGGGAAGGACCACGACGAGAUCGACUUCGAGUUCCUGGGGAACGAGACGGGGAAGCCCUACACGCUGCACACCAACGUGUUCGCCGACGGCGUGGGCAAGAAGGAGAUGCAGUUCGUGCCCUGGUUCGACCCCACCACCGACUACCACACCUACACCAUCUCCUGGACGCCCUGCAUGAUCGUCUGGUACGUCGACGACGUCCCCAUCAGGGUGUUCCGCAACUACCGGGACAAGGGCAUCGCGUACCCGAUCAAGCGGCCCAUGUUCGGCUACUCCAGCAUCUGGUCGGCGGAGGACUGGUGCACGCAGGGCGGCCGCGUCAAGGCCGACUGGUCCAAGGCGCCCUUCGUCGCCAGCUACCGCGACAUGGUCCUCGACGUCUGCCCCUGCGACGGAAGCGACUCCUGCGUCUACGGCUGCGAGGGGGCCUUCGGCCAUGGAGGCCAGCAGCAGAACUGUGCUGGCCUCAGCGACCAGCAGCGGACCAAGAUGCUCGAGAAGCAGAAGUACAACAGGAUAUACGACUACUGCGUCGACUACAAGGACAACAAGAAGCCCGGCCCCGAGUGCAGCCUGCCGCAGUACUGA